AUGGAGCCAUUAAAGAAGGGGUAUUCCUUUCUUGCCAGCAUUGGGAUAGUGAUCAAUUACAGUAUUGGUGUUGGAGUGUUUGGCCUUCCAAGUGCGUUUUACGAUGGGGGCCUUCCACUCUCCAUGAUAAUGAUAAUAGUGAUGUUAAUACUCACGAUCCUCACAUCAUUUUACACCAUGGAGGCGAUGACUCGGACAUGUCAGCGCAAGACUCAAAGUGACGACUUAGAUGAUGAGAUCUAUGACUUUACUUUAAUAGCAAGUGUAUGGCAUUCUCGACAAGGCCAGAAGUUAACGAGUGUGUUAAUGAUCAUAGUGAAUUAUUGUUACUUGUGGGGGUAUGUAGCGACGGGGAGUAACACCUUAAUGACGAUGUAUUGGAUGAUUAAAGGGACUCCACAGUAUUGUGACACUAAAAGUUGGAGUAUCUAUUGUUAUAACACUUACUAUAUCUCAUUAGUUCUUUUUAUGGUUAUAACUAUCCCACUGUCUUAUAUUAAUUUGUCAAACCAGUCCACUUUACAAUUAGUUAUGGCUAUUUAUAGAAUAGUUAUGUUUACUAUUCUUAUCACCGUCGUCUUCGUACAGCUGUGCUACGGUCCAGUCCAACUUGGCAAUCACAAAAUCGACGUCGCGUGGGUCAACGAAUGGAAAUGGGGCAACUUCGGCGUCCUCUUCUCGCAUAUCUCAGUCGCUUUCAGUAUCCAGUCAUGCCUCCCCGACGCUCUCCAACCCGUAUCUGAUAAGAAGAAGAUAGGGUGGAUCGCUACUAUAGGAAACUUGAUCUGUGGUGUCCUCUAUAUCUUUGUUGCUACAUUCUGUGCGUCGGUAUUUACAGCCUCUGCUUAUAACCCAAUAACUUUGAAUUUUGAGUAUUACACUGGGACUAAUGGCGGGUUUGGCAAUGGACAACCUAAUGUCAUUGGGUAUGUCAUUCGCUAUUUAAUACUGACAUUCCCUAUUAUCAAUAUCCUGAACGAAUACCCCUUAGUUGUAUAUACUCUCACUGCAAACAUUUCUUCAACAUUACCUAAAUCAGUGGGAGGGGGGUGGAGGCGGAUGCUAAUAGUCACUGGCGCCGCAGUACCUCCUUUUAUAUUAGCUUGUAUUAUUGGGACGGUUAAAACUAUAGCAAAUCUUACGGGAAUAUUCGCCUUUUUACUCUCUUAUGUUUUUCCAUGUGCUUUUGUCUUAGCAGCAAGAAGAAUAGGAAAAGCCAAAGGAAGAAAUGAGACUGAAAAGAAUAGGUUUUAUGCAUGGUAUACAAGCACUACAUCAAUCGUCAUAGUGUUUAUUAUAUGUGGAAUACUCUCGAUCAUCUCAACGACAUUUGUCUUGUACAACACGAUGAAGGGUCUUGUGUAA